AAUGGCUGCUCAGUUUCCUCAAAAAUGAAAAUACCACAGCUCCUCAUGGCAGGUACUAAAUACAGCCUGACAGUGUUAGCCCAAGUGAAUGGCACAGUUAAUGGAGAAGCACGUACCAUCGAUGCCUACACCACACCACAGACUGUGGAUGGUCUUACUCUAACCAGCACAGAACAAAGCAUUUAUGCUACUUGGAACCAUCCGAAUGGAAGUUUCUUCAGAUUUAGUGUGACGCUCUAUUUAAACUCUUUAGCCACCUCAAUAAAUAAUGACAGUACAACUGACCUGUACUACAAUUUCACUAAUUUGAGAUCAACAACACUGUAUAAAGUUAGUGUCAUCACACACGUGGAGAUAGACGAGCAUCCAAGCAAAGCAGCUGAUGCAUUCAUUUAUACCCGACCUGAGCGCCCUGCUAUUAUAAGCGCUGUGGCCCUGAGCGAUAGUACUAUACAGCUGAAGUGGAAGGCCCCGAAAGAUGCUGAUGUGGCCCAGAGCAUGGUAUACAAUGUGACGUACAUAUCCUAUUUUUGGGGCGACUCUAAAAUAUGGAAUGAAACUGUAACUAACCAAUCAGUUAACACUAAAAACAUUUCAGGGUUAAACUCUGGGACAAAGUACAACUUUAGGGUCAGUGUCUAUGCUGGCGAUUUGACGAGUCUUCCGGACUCUACAGACUGUAAAACAGACCCCAUUUAUAAAAAUUUAACCCUCAUGAUGCAGUGCUCUUCUGCUACCAGCCUUUACUGCAAGCAAAGUAGUACUAAGACUCUGUUCCACAAAGAGCUGGAGAAAAAAAUGAAAAGCAAAUUUGGUGAUCAAGAUAUUGUUUGGAGUGUUCACAUGAAGGAAGGAAAAUGAUUUCAAAACAGCAAAACUGAGCUCUCAACGUUUAUUUGAGCAUGUCUGGACAUUUUAUCUUGACAUGUGAAAUGUGAUAAUUUGAGAUUUUUGUCUGUAGAUAUGUGUUUGAUCAGCCCUGUAUAGCUCUCAGUAACAGAAAAUUUACAUCAAAUGGAAUUUAGCUAAAUGCAAAACUGACGGGAUUCCAAAGGUUUAGUUUGAGGUUUUUGGUCAUUCUUUAAACACUUUAAACACAGAGCAAAGUACUUCAUAGUAUACACUUUUGCACUUCAUAACAGCUUGAAUACGUUAGGCCUCUUAUAGCUAGUGUAGUAAGCAUUAUUCCUUUUAGAAAUAAGUAAGAUUUAGUUGUUUCAUUUCCUUUCUGUAGUUUUAGGUAUGCAGCUUGUAAAUCAGCAGCUGAGAGUGUGUUAUGAUCCAAUCUUUGUUUAACCACUUGAAGCCCUUGUUAUUCAAGCUGAAAAAGAAUAACUGAUUUCUUACAAUAAAUCAUGUACAUUUAUUCACGUUGUUGUUUAGUGUAUUUUUGGGGUGUAAAGUCUAAUGUUAGAUAUUAGUGUUAAAUAAUUCUUACAUUCAGAGCUAUCAUAGCUAUUAUUAUUCUAUACAGUGGUGGACAGUAACAAAGUAAAUGUAAUUCGUUACUGUACUUAAGUAGUUUUUUUGUGUAUCUGUACUUUACUGAAGU